CGAAGGAAGAGCGAAGAGGAGCGGAGGGAAGGGGAGAGAGAGUGAGAGUGGCGGCCAAUCCGACAGCGCAAGGGAACGGGGAGUCGAAGGCGGCUCGCCUCCAAUCGUUCCUAUCAUCCCUGUUCUCGACUCUCUUUCGCCAGAGCCAAGAAGAAGGAAGCGGCGACGAAGGGGGAGAAGACAUGGCGUCCAGGAGUCAGGCCGUCGUCUCGCAGCAACAGAGAGGUGGGGCUGUGCCAGCAGGCAAGCAAAAAGCUAACGCGGCUGCGGAUGGGAAGAAUCGCCGAGCCCUUGGAGACAUCGGUAAUCUGGUCAACGUCCGGGCGGUGGAAGGGAAGCAGGAACCCCAAAUCAAUCGUCCCAUUACUAGAAGAUUUGGCGCUCAACUUCUUGCGAAAGCACAAGCUGCAGAAGCAGCAGCUACUGCUGCCAAUAAGAAACCUGUAGCUACUCAACCUGAUGCAGCAGCAGGCAGAGGUGGAGCAAAACCACCGAAGAAGGCUGUAAUCAAAAGCAAGAAGGAGAAGAUCACCAAGGAGGAGAAGAUUAUCGUGAUAAGCCCCGAUAAGAACGAGGAAUCUAAGCAAGCAUCCUGCAGCAGAUCUUCCAGGAAGAAGAUUACUGCACUCACAUCUGUGCUCACGGCUCGAAGCAAGGCUGCCUGUGGACUGCUCACUGACAAGCCGAAGGACUUGAUGAUCGACAUCGACGCGGCCGAUACGGAGGACCAGUUGGCCGUCGUGGAUUACGUCGAGGACAUCUACACGUUCUACAAAUCCGCCGAGCAAUCAAGCAGGCCUCACGACUACAUGGGCGCCCAGGUGGAGAUCAACGCCAAGAUGAGAGCUAUUCUUGCCGACUGGUUGAUCGAAGUGCACCACAAGUUCGAGCUGACGCCUGAGACUCUCUACUUAACCUUCCACAUCAUCGAUCGGUACCUUUCCAUGGAGACUGUUCUGAGGAUAGAGUUGCAGCUCGUGGGGGUGUCUGCCAUGCUCAUUGCCAGCAAGUACGAGGAGAUUUGGGCACCGGAGGUGAAUGACUUCAUAUGCAUCUCAGAUCGGGCGUACACCAGAGAGCAGAUCCUUGGGAUGGAGAAAGCGAUCCUGGACAGGCUCGAAUGGAACUUGACGGUGCCGACGCCGUACGUGUUUCUCGUGAGAUUCUUGAAGGCUGCUGCAUCGUGCCAUCGUGACGAGGAGAUGGAACGUAUGGUGUUCUUCUUUGCCGAGUUGGCUCUGGUGGAGUACUCGAUGGCACUGCACUCCCCGUCCAUGGUUGCAGCUGCUUCGGUGUACGCAGCCCGCUGCACUCUGAAGAAGACUCCUCUGUGGACCGAAACACUAAAACGCCACACAGGCUUCACGGAGCGACAAUUACUGGACUGCACACAGACUUUAGUGAACUCCCAUGCGGUUGCUCCCGAGGGUAAGCUGAAGGUUGUGUACAAGAAGUACUGUGGUGAGCAAUUUGGAGCUGUGGCAUUGCAACAGCCAGCAACCGAACUGGUGAAGGAGAUGAUGAAGGCUGGGAAGUGACUGCCAAGUGAGAAUGAAAUCAUGUGUUUCAUGUUCUUUAUGAAAGAGUGGCUGGAAGCAGCAAAGGGAACAAGAAGAGCAUGGUGGACUAUUUUGUUUUUGGUUUUGGGGGUUGAUGUCCUCUUCACUCAGAAUAGUUUGG